ACUUUGAUCCAAUCCAUAGCCGCCACUGCCGUCUGUUUUCACGUGGUGAUCAUAGCGGUCGUAGUGUGUCAACAGCAAUAUUUCGUUUAAUUGCCAGAAUAUAAGUAGAAACUCGGCAACGCCAUGAAAAUGGCCAAAGUAGAAUCGACCGCGAAUGCCGCAUCCCAGAAACCGAAGAAAAAAAAGGUGAAGGUGCCCAAACAGAAGACCAAUGAACCGUCCGAAUCCGCAAAGUCUCCACUCGCAUCUGCCGCAAAACACGAAGAAGUCAUCAAAGGCAAGUACGCCAAGGGAAACAAAAGGCGAUCUUUCCCGCCUUCCGGCGUAAAACCGAACAGACAGGGCAAAGUCGUCAAAGCACAGCGCAAGAAGCCGAAUACCGUGGGCAAAGCGCUCCCGACACCUCCCAGCAAAAGCAAGGAGGCCCCCGACCAACCCAAAGAAGGCAAACCCAGACCAGGCGACGGCUCAGCACCGACCAAGCGCAAACACGAGAGCGAGUCGGCAGAAGGCGCCGACCAAACUAAAAAGGUCAAGUUGGAGGAGAUGACCAAAAAGCAGCGAAAAUUCGAGCGCAAGAAGAAGGAGUUCGAGCGCAAAAAGAAGGAUGGCACGUUCUUCGAGACCUCCAAGGCCAUCAAGCAGGUCUGGGAGGACCUGAGACGCAAGGCGUGCAGCAAGGAGAAGCGCGCCAAGCUGCUCACGCAGCUGACGGGACUGGUCAAGGGGCGCGUCAAAGAGCUCAUCUUCGCGCAUGACACCGCCAGGGUCAUCGAGUGCAUGGGCGACCUGGGCACUCCAGAACACCGCAACCUCAUCUUCGAGGAGGUGAAGGACAUGAUUGUGCCCAUGAGCAAGUCCAAGUACGCCAAGUUCAUCGUGCGCAAGAUGCUCAAGAACGGGACCCCGCAGCAGAAGGAACACAUCGUGAAGGCCUUCAACAUGCAGGUGGUUCAGUGCCUGCACCACGCCGAAGCGGCCUCAGUCUUGGAGACCAUCUACAACGAGCACGCCAACGCGGUCCAGCGCUCGCAGCUGUUGCAGGAGUUCUAUUGCAGGGACAUGGCACUCUUCAAAGAGGACAAGGUGGUCACCUUCAAGGACGCCCUCGAGAAGUCGGCCCAGCCGGCCAAGACUCUCGAGGACCUCAAGGAGAUCCUGAUGAAGAUUGUGGGCAAGCCUGUGCUGGGCCACAGCAUCAUCCACCACGUCUUCUUGGAGUUCUUCAAGAACGCCGAUGAGAACUCUCGCUCUGAGAUGAUCCGCGCUCUGGGUGGAUCGGUAAUCGAGAUGCUCCACACCAAGGAUGGGUCCCGUGUCGCCAUGCAGUGUCUCUGGCACGGUACGGCCAAGGACCGCAAGGCCAUUGUCAAGAGCUUCAAGACGCACGUGGUCAAGAUCGCCAAGGAGGAGCACGGCCAUAUGGUGCUCCUGGCGGCCUUUGACUGCGUUGACGACACCAAAUUGGUGGACAGCACGGUGACGGCAGAGCUGCUUCGGGAACCGCUGGAGCUGAUGACGAGCGCGAGCGGACAGAAGGUGCUCUCGUACCUGGUGGCUCCAAGGGACCCCCGCGUCUUCCACCCAAGCAUCAUCGAGAUCCUUAAGGAGGGAGAUGCCAGUGUCACCAGCAAAAAGGAUCCACAGGUACGAAGAGAAGAGCUGCGCAAGGCUCCAGCCGCCGCGCUCGCCCAGCUGAUAGCAGACAACGCCGAGCUGUUCCUGACGCACAACGGCCCCACCGCCGUCGUCGCCUCGGUGAUUCUGACGAACCUCCGGGAAGGCGAAGCCACGGAAGCCUUCCGCAGCAUCGCCAGGCUCCUGGCGAACUCCCCGUACGAGCCGAGCACAGACCCGGAGAAGGCGCACCUGUUCGACCGCAACCACGCCCGCUUCUUCCUGAAGAAGAUGACGCUGCACGACAGGGCGAGCAAGCAGGGGCAGAACUGCUUCAGCGCCAUCCUGGUGGACGAGGUGCCCAAGGAAGCGCUGGUGACGUGGAUCGGGUGCAACUUCGGGGCCUUCCUCCUUGUGAACUUGCUGGAGACCGGCGUGCCGGAGGUGGUGCGGGUGGUGAAGGAGGCGCUGGCCGGAAAGCAGAGUCUGCUCAAGAAGAGCGAGCUCAAGGGGUGCGAGGCGCUGAGGGAGAAGCUGAAGGAGGUUUAAUCGUAAACAGAAAAUAAAAAAAAAGAAUAAAUAAAAAAGUCUUACAAAGGUUUAGGAGCGCUCUGCUGAUCUUUGGUGGUCACCAUAUUGGUUUCUAGGCUAGGUGGUGCAAGAUACCGCCCAAUACGCCAUUCAUCUGUCCAUCGUGUGAACUCGGGUCCAAUUGUGAGAAGCGCACAAUUGGACCAGAGUGUACGCCAAAUGCCGACCCGUGUUCAAUACGGAGUGCGUGCCCAAAAUGGGCGACUUCAGAUAAUUGGUGCAGUAGCUACUAGAUGCCGUGUACUCUUGAAGAGUGUCUAAUGAAGCAAUGACUGGAGAAGAUGGUGCAUAGCACCGCAUUUAUGAGGGUAGCGUGAUAAUACGACUCCCUACUUCGAGGGGGAUAGAAGAAAAGAAGAUACAGCGCUUCAAGCUGAUGGCGAUUUUUCUUUUUCUCCAUACAUGAAUCAGCUGCCAGACUUUUUAUUGUUACUUCAAGACCCAUUUGGCCCUGAGCAAUGGAAAACGGUCUGCUUACACACCUCAUUAGUGUUGCCAUAAUGCAUUAAAGGAGCUGUGCAACGAUUUUAACAUUGAAAGAAUUGGCAUCUUCUGAUUUUGAUAUAGUUCACUUUGUCACAAAUGACAGAAAACACACCUCCUUUCAUCGAAAUGUUGCGAUUCCGCCGCGUAAUAGCGAGGCAAAACUUAGAAUAUUCCCCGACAUGCAGCCGCGAGCGGCGGCCAUGAGAAACGCGCAGCAUGACGUCAGUGGGGAAUCUUGUAGAAAGAUAGCAAGUUGCGCGAAUACCUGCUCGAUAAAAGGUAGCUUUUCUAUAAAUCUUGUCGUUCCAACAUAUAUAUAAAUGCGUCAAAAACCUGGUAUCAUCGACAAAACUUUUAUUAUAGUUUUAGUGGCGCCAUCUAUCCUAGGUCAACAAGACCGUCGGCUCUCUCUGCUACAGCGAACAGAAGCCAAAGGGGGAGGGGGACAGGGCCGGACCCGGAUUAGACUUUCCUCCUUUCACCAUAUUGUUCGCGCAGCCUCCGCCAGCACGUGGUUACGCGGUCGCGAGCGGAUGAGUUCUCGCUGCUCACUGAUGGCUCUACAGAGAGAACUUUUCCGGAACCUUGCGCCUACCCCAUCAACGUCGCUGCACACGUGACCCGGAAGACGACGUAAGAGUUGAGAGGCGGUAAAAACCUGGAUCUUUUUCAUUUUUUAAAAUAAAAACUAGGGUAUCCAGGAAAAUACUGUUUUCUGUAGUUCACUUCAGAAGUGCCAGGCAUCAACUUCCACAAUAAUUUAAGCAAAUCCCUGAAAUUGUUGCACAGCUCCUUUAAUCUGAACUUUGAGCAUCAUUCGGCACAAAUUGUAUGUCCUUUGUGUUUCACAUCAACUGAUCAAUGUUGUAUUUUACAAGCAAUUUAAUACUAUAUUUGAGGCCAAUGCCAAAAAUGUUUGUUUGCAAAAAAUGGGAAAAUUCAAUCUAUAAGGUUUUGUCAUUUUCGCGACUUCAAAAUAAUAAACGACUUGUCAAACAUGGA